CACUGACCUGUCCCAAGGCUGCCCCACAAAGCUUUGGGGUCCAUGUCUGAAUGGAUUGCUGUAGAUUUCUCUUCUCUCCCUUCGCCCAGUUCCCUGCAUCCUAAGACUCGAAGCCAGCACAGGACCUGGAAAAAUUACAUGGUGUGAACGGCAUGUCUGUGGAUGAGAAGCCUGACUCCCCCAUGUAUGUAUAUGAGUCCACAGUCCACUGCACCAACAUCCUCCUGGGCCUCAAUGACCAGCGCAAAAAGGAUAUUCUCUGUGACGUGACUCUGAUCGUGGAGAGGAAGGAGUUCCGGGCCCACCGGGCUGUGCUGGCCGCAUGCAGUGAAUACUUCUGGCAGGCGCUGGUUGGACAGACGAAAAAUGACUUGGUGGUCAGCUUGCCUGAGGAGGUCACGGCCAGGGGGUUUGGGCCGCUGUUGCAGUUCGCCUACACGGCCAAGCUGUUACUCAGCAGAGAAAACAUCCGCGAGGUCAUCCGCUGUGCCGAGUUCCUGCGCAUGCACAAUCUGGAGGACUCCUGCUUCAGCUUCCUGCAGACCCAGCUCCUGAACAGCGAGGAUGGCCUGUUUGUGUGUCGGAAGGACGCGGCUUGCCAGCGCCCGCACGAGGCCCAUGAGAACAGCGCAGGAGAGGAGGAGGAGGAAGAAGAGGAGACGAUGGAUUCGGAGACGGGCAAGAUGGCUUGCCCCAGGGACCAGCUGCUGCCAGACCCCAUCAGCUUUGAGGCCACUGCCAUCCCAGUAGCAGAGAAGGAAGAAGUUUUACUGCCCGAGUCCGACGUGCCCACGGACACCAAGGAGAGCUCGGCGAAGGACGCGUUAACGCAGUACCCCAGAUACAAGAAAUACCAGCUUGCAUGUACCAAGAAUGUCUAUAACGCAUCAUCACACAGUACCUCAGGUUUUGCAAGCACAUUCAGUGAAGAUAACUCUGGCAACAGCCUCAAGCCGGGGCUUGCCAUGGGGCAGAUUAAAAGCGAGCCGCCCAGCGAAGAGAACGAAGAAGAGAGCAUCACGCUCUGCCUGUCCGGAGAUGAGCCUGACAUCAAAGACAGAGCGGGGGAUGUGGAAAUGGACCGGAAACGGCCCAGCCCCGCCCCCGCGCCCGCCCCCGCCCCCCCUGCCGGGGCCGCCUGCCUGGAGCGAUCCAGGAGCGCGUCCUCCCCCUCCUGCUUAAGGUCUCUAUUCAGCAUAACAAAAAGUGUGGAGCUGUCCGGCCUUCCCGGUACAUCUCAGCAGCACUUUGCCAGGAGUUCCGCGUGCCCUUUUGACAAGGGGAUCACUCAGGGUGACCUUAAAACUGACUACGCCCCUUUCACGGGGAAUUACGGACAGCCCCACGUGAGCCAGAAGGACGCGUCCAGCUUCACAAUGGGGUCGCCCCACAAAGGGCCUGGGUUGGAGGCUCUCUGUAAACAGGAAGGAGAGCUGGACCGGAGAAGUGUGAUCUUCUCCUCCAGCGCUUGUGACCAAGUGAGCACCUCGGUGCACUCGUAUUCUGGGGUAAGCAGUCUGGACAAAGACCUCUCUGAGCCGGUGCCAAAGGGCCUGUGGGUGGGGGCUGGCCAGUCCCUCUCCAGCUCACAGGCCUACUCUCACGGUGGGCUGAUGGCUGACCAUUUGCCAGGAAGGAUGCGGCCCAACACUAGCUGCCCGGUGCCAAUCAAAGUCUGCCCUCGCUCGCCCCCGUUGGAGACCAGGACCAGGACUUCCAGCUCGUGCUCCUCCUAUUCCUACGCAGAGGACGGGAGUGGGGGCUCGCCCUGCAGCCUCCCUCUCUGCGAGUUCUCCUCCUCGCCCUGUUCCCAGGGAGCCAGAUUCCUUGCCACAGAACACCAGGAGCCAGGCCUGAUGGGAGAUGGAAUGUACAACCAAGUCCGACCCCAGAUUAAAUGUGAGCAAUCUUACGGAACCAACUCCAGCGACGAAUCCGGAUCGUUCUCGGAAGCAGACAGUGAGUCGUGUCCUGUGCAGGACAGGGGCCAGGAGGUCAAACUUCCCUUUCCUGUAGAUCAAAUCACAGAUCUUCCAAGGAACGAUUUCCAGAUGAUGAUUAAGAUGCACAAGCUAACCUCAGAGCAGUUAGAGUUCAUUCAUGACGUCCGCCGGCGCAGCAAGAACCGCAUCGCAGCCCAGCGCUGCCGUAAGAGGAAGCUGGACUGUAUUCAGAACUUAGAAUGUGAAAUCCGCAAACUGGUGUGUGAGAAAGAGAAGCUGUUGUCAGAGAGGAAUCAGCUGAAAGCGUGCAUGGGGGAACUGUUGGACAACUUCUCCUGCCUUUCCCAGGAAGUCUGCCGAGAUAUCCAGAGCCCCGAGCAGAUCCAGGCCCUGCAUCGGUACUGCCCUGUCCUCAGACCCAUGGGUCUCCCCACAGCCUCCAGCGUUAACCCCGCGCCCUUGGGCGUUGAGCAGAACCUUGCCGCCCCCCAGUGUGCGGUGGGGGAGAGCAUCCCCUGCUGCUUGGAGCAGGGCGCAGCGCCCCCCGGUCCCCCCUGGGCACCCAGCAACACCUCAGAGAACUGUACUUCUGCGAGGAGGCUGGAAGGCACCGACCCAGGAACCUUCUCAGAGAGAGGACCACCUCUGGAACCCAGGAGCCAAACAGUGACCGUGGACUUCUGCCAGGAAAUGACUGAUAAGUGUACAACGGAUGAGCAGCCCAGGAAAGAUUACACCUAGUGACGGCCUGCCUCCCAGUUCUCACACCUCGCCCACCCAGGUGUCCUUCCGUCAGCCUGCGGUGCUGUUCAUCUGUUGUCUGGAAGAACCAAGAAGGAAUUUGGUGCACACUACAGCAGUCUUAGCAGCAAUACUGUUUCUAAGUAUUCUCUCCUCCCUUCAAGCAGGAGCGAUAUAUAGUUACCUUCACAAUGGUGCUACCCCUUGCUCAGGCGAGGAAAGACGACAGUGCUGAAUACUGUCUGUCUGUGGGUUCAUUUCAAUCUUAACAGGGAUAGACUAUAACACCUCUAGGACCCAACCACGGAUUUUUUUUCUCAGUGGCCCAUGUCACAAACCCUAUCUCAGGAAUUUCUUCUGAAUGUUCAAUUUUUUUCAUUGAAGACAGCUUCUAUACACAUCAAAGUUUUAUAGCUAGACUGUACAUAUUAUAUAUAAUAUAUAUAUAAAAUAUAUAUCUCUCUCCAUAUGCAAAAGUCCUGCAUGCCUCAAUUUUCUCAUCCUAAAACUGGAAACUUUGUUUCUCAUUUAUAAACAGGUUCCAACAUUCCUCUUCUUUUGUCUCUGAUGCUAGAACUAGUUUGGUAACUGUUAACGUGGUCGUUUUACUUGCUUCACAGUUCAAUUUCAAUUUGUGCUUAUUUAUGGACAGAACUCAAUGUUGGAAGCUUUCUUUGAGGUUUUAUUUCAGACCUUUUUUUGUUUGUUUGUUUAAUUGGUUGGUUGGUUUGAUUUGGGCACCAUCAGAUGGUGUCAGCUGAGUAUCGCGGGUUUGGUUUUUUUCUUGCAGAUACUGUACAGUCCAGGUCAACUUUGCCACUUGCACUGAGUUUUGGGUCAAACCUAUUUUCUUAAAUGAAGUUGUCACUUCAGUAUAACUCAAGUAUACUGUAUAUUCUUUGCUUUUAGUUAAGAAGUAAAACAGUUUAGCUAAGUAAAAAGCACUCAGGUGAUAAUGAUGUAGGAAAAAACAAUCUUGCCAAAUAAUGAAUUCAUCCUAGGAUGUAGACAACAAUCUGCUUGAAUAUUUUUAUAUUUCACCUCCUUCCCACCUUUCCCUAAGCAAAGUUUAAAUGCAGAUAGAUGGUUCACAGAUGAUGCUGGAUGUUCAGAUUCCUACAUGGGGAAAGAGUUUGGACGUCUCCCUCAAAAGUACAAGACAGCAGGAAUCCAUGAUUUUAGACCAGAAUUCAGCAAGCAUUGGCUCCUAGAUAUCAAGUUAGAACUGUUUUCUCACCCAGGGAGUUAAGUCCCUUUCAUUUCAACCCUUCACCAGGCCUCUGCUUGCUCUUGAAGGUAUAGGACAGUAGGAACUUCUCCUUUGAAGGACUUGGCUGCCUGGCCACCCAGCUUCCCUGCCCAGGACCCGCCUCCCAGGACUCACCCGAGGGGGUGUGAAUCACAGCCCUGGAGGUCCUGCCUUUAAGUGGCUGUCCUGGGUUCAUGCAGCUUGCCCAGAGUAAGAGAGAGCAGGACAGAUGUUAACCUCAGGUCUGUCCCUGACCCAGGCAAAAGCAUUUCUUUCUCCUUUCCUUCUCCAAAUGCUUUGAGUUGAAUUCUGAGGUUUUCCACUGGUCUCUGGUCCGAAGGCAGAUUUCAUUCUGAAGAUUUGGACAGUGAUAAGGCCAGGACUCCUCCCUGCCCCCUCCCAUCUCCACCACACACCUAUCCUCCCCCCUCACUUGAUGUUAAUUUCCUUCUCUUGCUGCAAAACUGGUUGGCUUGCAACCCACAGAGAGCAGCUUCCCUUGGCUCAGGGGGCAUGUUGGCUCCUGGCCACGUUUACAGGAAGAUGUGCCAGGUCCCGCAGCCUGUGCAGAGGAGGGGUCAGCUCCCUCCCUCCAGUGGGCCCUACAGCCCGGCUGUGGGAAGAGUCUCGAACAGUUUGAUGUGGGGAUAGGGUGGUGGGCAGUGGGGACUAGGUGGUUGAUUUUGUUUCUUUAUUUGUGCCAUUGUUUGGACGAUAUUAAAGCUGCAUGUAAAAGGGGAAAUUAGUAUAUGAUGUAGGCGAAAAGUGAAAUCAUAGUAACAUAUGGUUUAGUAUUAUUAACUUUUUUCUGUACAAAUAUUAGUGCUAAAUGUUUAAAUAUGUAUGAAUGCCAGAAAUUUGUUGGUUCAUGACGUAGGAUAAAAAAAAAAAAAGGCUUUUCUUUAAAAAUAGUUCCACUUUUAAUACCUGCCUCUGGGUUUUUGUUUUUUCUCAUGUGUGUAUGUACGUGUGUGUGCUUGUCUGAGACAGAUUUUGGUAGAGCUUUGUGUCGGAGCUACCAUUCUUCUUGUGGCUGUUGGAAUUUCUUGGCCUCGUAGAACAGUUCUGUGCUUCACCGGGAGGUUUACCUUUGGGGAAAACUGGUGAAAGCUUGAAUUUAAACUUGAUGUGAAUCACGUGAUACAUCACAGGUAUGUGUUCUGGUGGAGGAGUCAGCCAACAGUAUUUUGUUGUUGUUGUUGUUGUUGUUUUAACUCUCUUUUUGCCUUUUUUUUAAGUGACCUCCUCUUCUUUAAAAAAAAAAAAAAAAAAGAAUGUUUUCUGCUCAUAUCACAACCAGAUCCAAACCAGCUUUUGGCGUGAUUUACCCAGGUACCAACUCAUGUGCAACUGGUAGUCUUGACCACAUUCCGACCUGUCCCCCUUUCUGCUGUCCUGAGCAGCAGGCCUCCCAGUGGGGAGGGGGCUCUAUUUUUCUCCAUCCUAACUCAGCCCACUUCCUCCUUCUGCCAACCCCUGCCUCACAUGUCUUCCCCUUCCCCAACCAAACCCCUGCCACCCCUGCCGUGGGAACUGGUUAAAAACCCUGCUGGAGAAACUCUUUCGAUUUCUCAGAGAUUUUAACAAGUUGUUGUGAUUUUGUUCACUACCCACCAUGAACAGCAACUGGCUUUGUGCAAUUGUUUAUGUGGCGUCUCUUUGUCUCUUACUGCUCUGAAUCAUGUGCUUGGCAAAACUGUUUCUGAGUUGAUUCAAAGGGAGGACUAGCUGAGGACCAGAGUCCGAGUUGCCUCAAGUGGAGUUUUAAAAACUCCUUUCCCCGGGAUCCCUUAGUGCAACCCGUGUCUUUGGAUGAAGACAGAGGGAGAAGGAAGUUAACAGCAAGGAAUAGUGUUUGCACAGCAUGGUGACACUUAGUUGUCUCUUUAAGUGUCCAUCCUUACAAAAAUAAAGAACCCUCCAGCUAUGGAAUGUUCAGGCGGCUCCCUGCCACAAGUGGGUUGGGUUUCCGAAGGGCUGGAGCAGGCGUGGGCUGUUGGGAUGGGGACAGUGGAGGCGGCCCUGUGGUUGGUUAACAUCCACCUGAAAGUAGUCCUCCCCUUGGAUCUGCCUCUCUUAUACUUGUGUCUCCAGACAACCUCACUUCAUUCAGGUGGGUCAGGCUUGGGCAGGUGUGUGCUUUUGCUGUAUGUGUCUGUUUCUCUGCGUUAUCUGGGGGUGCCUUGAAUAAAAGAACUUCAUUACGUACUGAUUCUGGAACAAAACCAUUGCAAAAACAAGCAAAAAAAAAAAAAAAAAGGAAAAAGAAAAAAAGCUGGCAAAGUGACUAGGCCACCUGCUCCUUCUCUUCUGGGUCUCAUAACAAUGACUCAGGCAUCAGAGGUGAUGCUGCAGGGGAAACGUUAUUUUGUAUAGUGUGCAAGUAAUUUAUUAACUGUCUUUCUAAAGGUAUGCUGCUUUUAAGAUGCACUAUGAUUUUGGAUUUAAUCCUUGUGUUGCUUUCCCAAGGAAGUAAAAAAAAAAAAAAAAAAAAAAAA